AUGGUGGAAUUAGAAGAACCCGAUAAAGGCAGAGCGUGGCUGAUAGCUUUUUGUGCAUGCAUCAUCAACAUGAUAUUGUCCGGACUUUCUAGAAUGAUUGGCAUUUUAUACGUGGGUGUUAUUGGAACCUAUGGAGUUUCCAGGCAAGACGCCACUCUUCCCUUUACGGUGAGAAAUGGCAUUAGGUGUUUAUCAGGUCCUAUUGUGGGUGUGAUUGGUCAAAGAUAUGGUAUACGUGCUGUGACGUUUGCAGGGGGUGUGGUGGCUUCAGCAGGCGCCGCUCUUUGUUGCAUUGCACCUAAUAUUGCUUGGCUAGCUGUUUUCUGGGGUGGUGUUCAUGGCUUCGGUUUCGCAUUUGCCAACACUCUGUUCCAAGUGGUAGUCAACCAAUAUUUUAGGAAAUACCGCGCGACUGCAUCAGGAAUUGCUCUGUCCGGGGCAUGCGUGGGAAGCCUGGGAUUUCCCUUCAUGAUCGAGGCAAUCCUGGACACCUAUGGACUGGCCGGAGGAUUUCUCAUUUUAGGGGGCGUGGUCAUGCACGUUCUGCCGCCUUCUCUGCUUUUGAAGUCACCUCCAUGGAUAGAAGACCCUCAAGGAUACGCCAGGCAAGUCGCUCUUAGAGAUCUUAAGCAGUCAAAUGAAACAUUGGAUACAGUGAUAGAAACAAAAGAAGCUGAAGACGUAAAGGCUCCAGUACCCAUUACCAAACUCAUGAGAUCGACUUCUUUAGAUAACUGUCCUACUGGGGAUUUGGAAAUAUGCAACACUACUCAAAGAUACGCACUCAAGAAAGAAGUUGCUGCAGGUGUAAUGAGUCAUUUAGAAAAUCUGGAAGCUGAACACAGGAAGCGCGGAGGAAUGCCGGACGUAAUAUGUACUUUGUAUAAGAUAGCAGAAUCUCCGACAACGGAUGCAAAAAAUGGUUGGCAGAACGGAAGCAAAAAUGUCAAAAACCAACCAUCAGUAUACACGAUCAGUGGUAAUUCUGAAAAUAUGACACCGAGUGACGACCAUUCCAACUCACAUCCUGAAGAAAAAGGGGAGUAUGUGGUAGAAGAACCAUCUUCGCUCUUGGACAGCUUGAAAACUAUUGUGUUUCUCUACUCGAAUCCCGUGUAUGUUUUGAUCAGCCUAUGCAUGGCCACCUACAUCAUCAUUUUCAUCCCCAUCCUCACUGUCAUUGUCGACUACAGCAAGGACAAAGGAAUUCCGGAAACGUAUGGAAAGUAUCUCAUCAAUGCGAUGGCCAUAGGCGACUUGAUAGGACGUUUAUGUUUCGGCUGGGUGACGGACAAAGGGUACAUGACCAUAUCCGCCUUUAUGAUGCUCUGCUUAGCCCUGCAGGGAGCUUUCAUCGUGCUAUUCCCUUUCGCCCUGGAUCUAUGGUCCUUCAUGAUCUUGUUGGGCUUAUACGGAGCCGCAGCAGGCAGCAUCCUGGUCCUCUUCCCGGUGUUGGUGAUGAAGUACGUCGACCAGAAGGGGCAGUCCGUGGCCAUGGGGUGCGUGGGCUUUCUGUCUGGCCUGGUGUCGUUUGGAAUCCCUCCCCUAAUAGGACAUUUUCGCGACAAUGUGGGAUCCUACGACGGGAUGUUCUACCUAACUGGUGCAAUAUCUGUCGCAUCUGGAGGACUGUGGCUCUUAGAGCCGCUGAUGGGCAAAAUGUAUUUCAAAAGGAUGGCGAAAGAAGAACAGCGGAUACAAGACGAAAAAGAAGCAGAAGCAAAUGGCUCAAGCAGUGCUAAAGAACUGAAAAUAAGAUGAUGUUAAAGACAAUAUUGAUGAACUUUAUUUUAUUAUUGACUUUUCAUUUUAUAUUAAAGUUUUUAUUUAUGAAAACGCACUUUGCAUUGUGAUAAACAUAUAGCGUUAUUAGAGUGACCGAGAGUGAAAUGUUGGACAUGAUUUGCUCUAUUUCCACCAGAAUGCCCCAGAUAUAUUGUCCGACCUCUAACAAUGACCCUUGUCAAGCAUUUUAG